AUGCCGUUUUUGAUUUCAGAAAGUAAAGAAGCCAGCGCCGUUCUCAAUGUUUUAAAAGGAUUCUUUCUCGACUCGAAAACACCGAAUGUCAUUUUCGCUUGCGGGAGGGUAUUAUCGCUUUUCAAGUACGUUAAAGAUGAGAUGCAGCCGAAACUCAUUCGAGUACAGGAUUUCAAGCUUAAUUGUGUGCUGAAAUACGUGCAAGCGGUUCCGCUUGUGAACCCCGAGUCGAACAACUUAUAUCGUCAUGUCCUCUUCAUUCUUUCUGUGAAGCAGGAGAUCUCGAUCAUCGCGUUGUCAGGUAUGCGCAAAGAGAUUUCUCUUUUGACGCUGUUUCAUAGCGCCGUUGAUAGCUGUUUUUACCAAUACUACCCAGGUGAAGUCGAUCUUGCAUGCUCCACCACAUUCGAUACUGGUGUGACUGAGCCUCUCGUUGCAUUUGGAAUUAAUCGCGGCGAUAUAUUUGUGGUCGAUGUUCUUGCUGCUAUUGGCAGCAGUAUGAACAAUACCACGAAAAGCUACCUUCCAUCGAGCCUCGUCCACCUCGCGGAGGAACGUACGGCACAUGGUUCUUAUUCAAGAUGCACAUUUGAUUUGGUUGAGUACGAAGUUCGCGAUAUUGCGUUUGGUAAAAUGGGAUCCAGCAGUGAUCCAGUUCUGUUUGUAUUAUAUGCCGACGCCCAUGGGCGAACCCAUGUUUCUAUUUACACCUUUAGCAACCACGUUGAUUCCCUCGGGCGAUCAUCGGAGCCGCAGACCUACGGUUCUUCCUUAGUGCAUGUACAAGGUGCGGUGACAGCGCGUGACGGCAGAAUUUCGCGAAGAGGUGUUUUAGUGUCCAAUGCGGACCCCAGCGCCGCGAAGAUCAUAUCCCUUUCAACUGUAGUAGCCGUUAUAGGAUCUCAGUUACUAACACUUGUUGCCAAGGAAAGUCAGCAUGUCCACCCUAUUACAGAUUGUUUUCCACCGGGAAUUGAAUUUUCAUGUGCUUGUAAGGGCAAAGAUGACGAAAUAUUCGUUUUUUUCAAGGAUGGGUAUUUUUUACAUACCGAUAUUAGCAAAGUGCUGAAUCACAAUAAGUCACUAAAGCUGCUAAUUCGGCGUUUAGAGGUACCGACGUUCCCUACCUCGAUUACUCACCUUGACAGGACUUGGCUUGUGAUUGGCUCGCGUCUUGGUAGCUCUCUUCUUUUUGACUACCGCGUUCCUUCCUCAUUUGAGGUGGUCGUUAAGAACUGUGGUCCGGUUAUGGACAUGACGGUGAUCGAGCAAGGUACGUACUCAACGGUAGUCGCCAGUACCGGUACGGGCCCAUACGGGGGCAUUAGUAUAGUCCGCUCCUCGGCUAGUUUCAUUGAGAAGACGUUUGAUUUGUCUCUGGCUCCAAGGGCUUCAAAGGUUUUUUGUGCACGCCACCUUGUCGUCCUUUCAACAAGUUGUGGAAGUACCUUCUACUCCUCCACAAAUCACAAGAUGAGGCAGCCUAGUAGAAUUGACCUUGCCAACCCCUUCCCGGGUUAUCCGGUUGUUCACUUGAGUUAUAACGCUUCAACUUGUCAAUAUCUCCUAGUUUACGCAUGCGGUGCUUGUUCACUUGUUGAGAAACCGCGGGAAUUCCACCUUGUUGCGGUGCACGAGUGGUCUCUCGGUUCUCCUGUAAGCUUUGCAUCAACAGUUGAUGACUGUUUGGUAAUCUCCGAUGGAUACCAGUUAGUGGAGGUCAGGGAACUAAAAGAGCUGUGGAUGUGGCGCUCCGAAGAAUGCUUAUCCGCACUACUUUUGCUCUCAACGGAGUUAGUUGUUUACGGCGAUUGGUCGAGUCGCAUUUCGAUUUAUAGCUUGGUACAGCAUGCUGCUUGUGGUGGCGUUACUUUAUCAUCCGUCCCACGGAGCAUUUGCUCGACAUGGCAUGCAGGGAGUGACAUCAAACUAUUCGUUGGUCUUGUAAGUGGCUAUGCCGUGGAAACAAGCUUAGAGCUUCUAAAAAAUGGUUCCAUCUUACGUGAGAUUUUUCUUAUGCACCGACCAGUUGAAUGUGUUCCUUUAAAAGCCUAUAACUGUCUCGUUUGUCUUGGAGAGUGGCCGAUUCUCAUUCGUGUGUCAGAGAAAAAUGUUCAACUAACGAGUCUCCCCAUCCCUGGAUUGUCUGACAUAUGUGUGCUUGGGGAGGCUGAGGAAGACGCUGUGCUUGUUGUGAAGGAAAAUGGUUCAAGUGUGGCUAUCGGGGACUUGGAGCACACACAGAAGGUGAAUUUUAAAUUUCUGGAGUUGCAAUGCACAGUUACCCAUUUAGCUUGGAUUUUACCCUGGAGUGGAUUUGUAGUGUCGCUUCGUGGUGCUCUGAUGGAUCGGAUUAGUUUCAUUCCUUUAGAGGCCCUGGAAUGCCCGACGAUGAUGGACUCCAAAUCGCUUGUACAUCAAGGUGUCCUGCUAUUAGAAAACGAGCGCUGUGUUUUUAUUGAGCCACUGUCACUUGGAUUCUCUAACGAAACCGACGUUAACAAUGAAUCCGUCUAUCAGAUGUUUCCCGAUCGGUUCGUCGUCUUGGUCGGUUCCACCUUCACAUUUCCGGACGAGCAAAUUGCUCGCUCAAGUCGCAUCACAUGGUAUCAACUGACUGAGGGGAGAUUACUUCGACAUGUCGCGGAUAAAGACAUCGUCGGGCAGCUCCAGUGUUGCUGUAUCGUUCCCCACUACCCUGGGCGUAUCGCUCUCGGAAUAAGUGGAUGUGUCUGCAUCUACCAAUGGGAUAAGAAUGAGGAAACGUUUAUGCCUGAGGAGAAGAGAGUCAUUGGAAUGAUCAUUAUAAAGCUUGUGCCGCUGUAUGACUGCCAAAUGCAAAAUAAGCAUGUGAUUGUGGCACUUGAUGUGCGCUACAGCGCGUUUUUUUUAUCGGUUGAUCCCCUUCAGGGAAGUAUUGAGAUUCUGAAAAGGGAUCCCCAACUGCGUGGAAUCAUGGAUGGUGCGAUUACUGACACCGGUGAGUUGUGCAUGUGCGAUGAUCACAUGAAUUUUUACUGCGUUCAGCAAGAGUCUGGGGACCACAACCGUCUCGCUACAAAGGCACAGUGUCACUUGGGAGACCUGGUGACCUGCAUGCGUAUUGGUACUCUAGCACUCCCCACUUUGCAAGAAAACUGCACGCCUAGCAUAAAAAGUCUCCUUCCGGGUGUUUCCGGACGACAAAUGGUUUACGGGACAGCUCAUGGUGCGUUCGGGAUCAUUACGCCAAUAACACGAACAGCUUACGUUUUCAUGAAGUCGUUGGAAGUUGCCAUGCAUCACCAUUUACCCUCCCUCGGCGGGUUUUCACCGAAGGACUUCAGCGAAGUUAUGCACACAGGACAAGAGAAGUCCCACAAUCGCAACAUAUCGUUUUUUGUUGGUAGAAAUUGCGGUAAAGACCUCUCAAGGGCACGCGAAACGUGUGAUGGAAAUACCAUUGAGGCCUUUUUGACUCUCGAACGUCGAGGGAAGAGGCAUGUAUUGGAAAUAGCGCAACGCAUUACGCUCGCUCUGUUCGAUGAAAGCGCGGCUAGCUUUACUGAUCCAGAUGAGUUGACUGGGGUGCCGAGUAAAUCACGGGCUUCGGAAGAGGAUGAUAUUAUAGACAGGUGCAACCAUUUGCUAGCCAAUCAAAACCUCCCAAGGCUUCCUUAUGAAGUUAGCGACAUAGAGCAGCUUAUUUUUGAUCUCCAAAGAAUUCAUUAA